AGGGGCGAGCUGAGCGGGGGGCCCCAGGGGAGUGCAGAUGACGGGGGACCCGGGGUGCUGGACACCCACCCGCACCCUCGUUCCCCGAGCCUUUGGGAACGGGCUGUUGGCCGGACACGUGCCAGAAACUGCCUGCUUUGAAACGUGAAUAAGUUCAAAAAGACUCUUAGCAGCGAAUUUUCAAGAUGAAUUACACAGAGUCCAACUCACUGGCAGAAUCAGCUGCCAUAGGUUUUACACCUGAGUUAGAAAGUAUCAUACCUGUGCCUUCCAAUGAAACCACUUGUGAAAACUGGAGAGAGAUUCAUCACCUGGUUUUUCAUGUAGCAAACAUUUGUUUUGCAGUUGGAUUGGUUAUUCCAACUACUCUUCACCUUCAUAUGAUAUUUCUUAGGGGAAUGUUUGCUCUAGGAUGUACCCUUUAUAUCGUCUGGGCCACUCUCUACCGAUGUGCCUUGGAUAUCAUGAUCUGGAACUCUGUGUUCUUGGGUGUCAACAUUUUGCAUCUUUCAUACCUUUUAUACAAGAAAAGACCGGUCAAGAUUGAAAAGGAACUCAGUGCCGUCUAUCGACGAUUGUUUGAACCACUCCGUGUGCCUCCAGAUUUGUUCAGAAGAUUAACUGGACAGUUUUGCAUGAUCCAGACCUUGAAAAAGGGCCAGACUUAUGCUGCAGAGGAUAAAACCUCAGUUGAUGACCGUCUGAGUAUUCUUUUGAAGGGAAGAAUGAAGGUCUCCUAUCGAGGACAUUUUCUGCAUAACAUUUACCCCUGUGCUUUUAUAGAUUCUCCUGAAUUUAGGUCAACUCAGAUGCACAAGGGUGAAAAAUUCCAGGUCACCAUUGUCGCAGAUGAUAACUGCAGAUUUUUAUGCUGGUCAAGAGAAAGAUUAAUGUACUUUCUGGAAUCAGAACCUUUCCUAUAUGAAAUAUUUAGGUACCUUAUUGGAAAAGACAUUACAAAUAAGCUCUACUCAUUGAAUGAUCCCACCUUAAAUGAUAAAAAGGCCAAAAAGCUGGAACAUCAGCUCAGCCUCUGCACACAUAUCUCAAUGCUGGAAAUGAGGAACAGCAUAGCCAGCUCCAGUGACAGUGAUGACGGCUUGCACCAGUUUCUCCGGAGUACCUCGAGCAUGUCCUCUCUUCACAUGUCCUCUCCACACCAGCGAGCCUCUGCCAAGAUGAAGCCUAUAGAAGAAGGGGUGGAAGGCGACGAUGAGGUCUUUGAGCCUGUGUCUCCAAAUGCAUUCAGAGUCCAUCAGUUGCCUUGAUGAGCACCACCAUUCGCGUUACCAAGACGGAAACUGUCUUGAAAAGAUCCUGAAAAAUACCAGCACUUUGUCGUGGCUUUGGGAUUAUCCUGCUGGGAGAGUCUGAGGGCAGGAGACUGAAGAAGGGUCAGAGGUGGAAAGGUCUUCUACUUGUCCUUCUUAUUCGCCAACUCUUAAAGUAAUUGUUUUACUGAGCCUUCCGACUAAGUCUUGUUCUAUUUUGAGAUAGAUAUUUUCACGGU